AUGAAACACCAUAUUUUGGGCUGGCAUGUUUGGGCUUUCUUCCUGCGGCCCACUACUCCAUUAGGGCCCCACCACCCAGCAAGGGCCGUCUCCACAGCCAUCCGAUGGCUUCCGGGAUGGGUGGAAAGGAAGGCCCACGUCAGCUGCCACGUAACAGGCUCUUACGCCGACCGCCAGCUUAUCCGGGGAAGGAUAGCCCAUGAAUGGGCGUCGGGAACUCGCACGCCUGAACGAAUAUGCGAUCCCCGCGGAGGAUUAUAGACGCCCGCCCCAGACAAGGCUUUGGCUUCUGCAGCUGGUAGUCUCUCCCGCGCGCUACUUCCGCAGAGCCUGCUCAGGAGAGAGAAACCUGUCGGCCGUUGUGGGGAAGUACGAAGGUAGCUAAGCACUUUUACCUCUCUCUCUCUCUCCUCUCUCUCUCUCUCUCAAAUACGUCGCAUUUAGGUAGAGGAAGACUCUCUCUGCUUCUCCUGCAGCUUGCAGGAGGAUAUAGCUUGUAGGCAUUCUUCUCUCUCCCUCUCCCUCUCCCUCCCUCUCUCUCUCUCUUUCUCUCUCUCUCCCUCUCCUCACUUUCUCUCUCCCUCUCCUCACUUUCUCUCUCCCUCUCCUCACUCUCUCUCUCCCCCUCACUCUCCUCUAUCUUUCCUUUCUUACUCGGCAGAGCAAAGAAAUAUCCCGCGUGGAUUCUCUUCAUAUAUAUAUACAUAUAUAUAUCGCGCGAGAACAGUACACGCCAGUGGAGCCUAGAGUCAGGGCAAUAUGCCACGUGUGCACGUAGACAAUUGUCAACAUGGCAUGCUCAUUAGACGGCCACGGGGAGAUAAGAAUCUCCACGAUUCUUGGAACAUUAUCGGGCAGACAAAAACAAACCAAAUAGUUAAAUAUCAAAAAAGUAUUUACACAUAUAUAUAUAUAUAUAUAUCUAUAAUAUCUGCCAGAUGAGCUGAUGGAGACUGCCCGGUACAUCGCCACCGCGGGGAAGGGCAUCCUCGCCGCCGACGAGAGCACGGGGACCAUCGGCAAGCGGCUAGCCAGCAUCAACGUGGAGAACGUGGAGGCCAAUCGGCAGGCCCUCCGGGAGCUCCUCUUCACCUGCCCCGGCGCCCUCCCUUUCCUCUCCGGCGUGAUACUCUUCGAGGAGACGCUCUACCAGAAGACCGCCGCAGGGAAGCCCUUCGUGGAGGUGCUGCGGGAGAACGGAGUCGUGCCGGGAAUCAAAGUCGACAAGGGCACCGUUGAGCUCGCCGGCACCGACGGCGAGACCACCACGCAGGGCCUCGACGAUCUCGGCAAGCGCUGCGCGAGGUACUACGAGGCCGGCGCGCGGUUCGCGAAGUGGCGCGCGGUGCUGAAGAUCGGGCCGGGGGAGCCGUCGGAGCUAGCUGUGCAGCAGAACGCGAAGGGCCUGGCGAGGUAAGCCGCCGUGUGCCAGGAGAUCGGGCUGGUUCCCAUUGUGGAGCCGGAGGUGCUCACCGAUGGCGUGCACGACAUUAAGAGGUGCGCCGUCGUGACGGAGACCGUCAUCGCCGCCGUGUACAAGGCCUUGAACGACCACAACGUCCUACUGGAAGGGACCCUCCUCAAGCCCAACAUGGUCACCCCCGGCACCGACAGCCCCAAGGUCCGUCCUUACGACAAAAACAACCGAUACUUUCUGCAACAAUAUUUCCUACUGGGGAGUUCCUCGUCUCACGAAUUUUCGGAUGAGUUAUAGUUUGAGCACGCAAAUAGUUAUGUGAGAUUGGAUUUUAGGUGGCGCCUGAGGUGAUCGCGGAGUACACGGUGGUGGCGCUCCGGCGGACCGUGCCGGCGGCGGUGCCGGGGAUAGUGUUCCUGUCCGGGGGACAGAGUGAGGAGGAGGCGACGCAGAAUCUCAACGCAAUGAACAAGCUGGAGGUGCUCAAGCCAUGGACGCUCUCCUUCUCCUUCGGUCGUGCCCUGCAGUCGAGCACCAUCAAGAAGUGGCUAGGCAAGGUGGAGAACGUCCCCGCGGCGCAGAAGGCUUUCCUCGCUAGGUGCAAAGCGAACUCCGAGGCCACCCUCGGCAAGUACGCCGGCGGUAGCCCCGAUGGUGCCGCCUCCGAGAGCCUGUUCGUCAAGGGGUACAAGUAUUAA